AUGAAACGUUUAUAUAUUGAAAACCAUAGAAACCCAUCAUAUGGUGACGUGCACUUCAAUUCCCCCACACCCAAUAACCCAACCCCCCCUUUAUAUAUUACCCUUCGAAAACUCUCUCCUCUUUGCACACCACCACCACCAUCAUCAUCAAACUGCAACUACAACAUGUCUAGUAUCAGUUCCAGUCCCUGGAAUCAUAAUCCGUCGAAACCCGUUAUCGCCCGUGUUGCGACUUUGUCCAUCAACUCCGACAAUAUGCAUGGUUUCGGCAAUGAAGAUGACAAGUCUUGUAGUUGCAGCAAUGGCAGUGUUCUACAAGGGUCGGCUUUGGUUCCUACAAGGCAUUGCAGCGAUGGAAACGACAAGGAUUCGGGACGUGAAAGGCUUAAAAGACACAGAGAAGAGGUUGCAGGUAGAGUUUCGAUACCGGAUAAAUGGGGUAAAGAAGAGUUGCUUAGAGACUGGAUGGAUUGUUCUUCGUUUGAUUCAUUGUUAGCUCCCACUGGACUCGCUUCUGCUCGUAAAGCGCUUAUGACUGAGGGAAGAAGAAGUAGUUCUCAACGAUUGAUGAGGAUGGGAAGUAUUAAGCAUCCAACCUAAAAGGAAUUGGUGGAUUAUAAUUUAUGUUCAGCCGCUUAUCGUUCAUACAACAAAAAUAUGACUGUUUUCAAGAUAUAGAUCACAGUUAA